CUUCAUCCUCCGUCGCCGUCGUCGUGCUCAGCCGCUCUCCGCGUACAGUAGGUGAACACAGCGCUGGACUAAAUUAGACGUGCAACAUGAACGCGCCCAAUCGUUAUGAGCUCUUUGUCCUGGAUGAAGGCGAGAAGCUCGUCGAGAUUACCGAGGACACGAAGAUCCCAAACGCAACGACCUUUAAGAUUGUGAAGGAGGACCACACGCUAGGGAACCUGCUUCGGGCCGAACUCCUCAAGGACUCUCGCUGUCUCUUCGCCGGCUACAAGGUCCCGCACCCUCUGCAUCCAUAUUUCCUGCUCAAGGUCCAGAGCGACGGGUCAGUAACGGCCUCGAAGCUCGUCACCGACGCCUGCCAGUCGCUACUCGAGAAGCUCGCGUCCGUCGAGGCGAAGUUUAAACGUGAGUUCACUUUCAUGGACGUCGACGGUCCGGCCAAGGACGUGGGGCCCUACGGUACGGUCGACCCGGCCCAAUGGGAAGGCGGAAAAGAUUAUCUGGACCUUUAGACCGCAGCAGACUCUGGAAUACUCUCUUGUCGAUCCAUCUUGUAUUUUAUGCUGAGUAUAAUUGUAUCAUUUGUAUCA